AUGUCAUUGACAACUGCUGUCCUUGUUACAGGGAAGUUGUGGGUUUUCCAUGGCAACCAGCUAUCAUCCAGGGUCGCAGAGGUCAGAUGUCACAAAGGUUUUAUGUAUGACAUAAACAUAGAGUUUGACACUCGAGUCCUGUGUGCGUGUGCCCUCAGCCCCGAGGUUGUAUUGGUGGGAACUCUCAGCCAAUCACUGUUUGCCUACUGUACAAGGUCAAGAGUACAGCUAUGGCAUGUGCGCCUUAAUGACGCCAUCUUUGCACUGAGAGUGAUGGAUGAACAGGACAGACAGAAGAAGAUCUUUGCAGCUCUGGCGGACGGUACAGUGGCAGUGCUGGAGAAACUGUCCUCUUCAGACAGUGCCCAGUAUGAAGUAUUCUACAUUCCCGUUGGUCAGGGGCCUGUGACCUCCAUGCUGCUGAUAGACAAACAGUUAUGGUGUGCAACAGGGAACAUGGUCCAUAUAUUACAUGCUGUUACUCUGGACCCCAUGGACAACUUUGUGGUGUCCACCAACCCCUAUGACCACAUUCUGACCCUCGCCAUGAGCCAGUAUGGGGUCUGGAUUGCAAUCAAGGGGUCGUCCAUCAUUGAACUCUGGGACAACAGACUGCUCACAUGCAUGAUGUUCUUUGAUGUGAAGGAUAAUAGAUACCCAAACCUGAGGAAGGAGGAUUGUUGUUACUUCAAUGGGUCCCGUAUCACAGCAGUCCUGCCCAUAGAUCAUGCAGUGUGGAUAGGGACAGGAGACGGGAACUUGUUGCUCUAUGAUGUCAUAGACAAGGAAGGUGUCUUUCACAGCAAGGCAGCGACCCCUCACAGUGACAGCAACCUCAGCUCUCCAUACUACACCAGCUGUGGUCAAGUGGUCAAGGACCUGAGAACUCUGCACCAGGUGGGGCACAAAGUGGAGGAACUGUACUACCAGAGGCUGGAGGAACAGAAAAGUAACAGACUCAGUCCUCGCUGCUCAUUGGGCAGUGGAGUUGAAAACUCCAGAUUUCUCCAGCAGGGGGCGCCAACCAGGCAGGCCAUCAGCGACUCUGCACUGGACCAGUCUUCUAGAAUGCGAAAGAUCUCCCGUGACAGUGGCGUUACUGUUAUCUGGAACAAUCCAGCUUUCUGUGACAAGGACAUGGAGGAAAACCUCACACCUAAACUGUGCAGCUCAAGUGAAAACAGGCUGGAACAUUUCACAUUUGAUCUAUCAGAAUUUAAUGGGCAGAAAUUUGAUAAGGUCAGAGAAAAUGAGAUGUCUUAUUUAUCUGGGUUGAAAAAAUUAAAACAAGAUGGUGAAAAUGACAAUGUCAAAGAUGGUAGUAAUGAAUAUAAUUCAGAUAGUGACAGGGUUAGUCAUCAUAUCAAUGGUGAAUGGCAGUUGUCACCAAAAACAUAUAAGAAUGACAUGUCUCACAGCGGUGUCAGUAAGAGCAAAGAAGACAAAAACAACGACUGUACAAAGUUUGUACAUGAUGCUUCCAAUGGAAGCAGUGUCAGUAGGCAGCAGAAUGGUGCUAAUUGCAACAGUGGUGCUAGUGAGGAGGUUGAUACAGAAGAAGGUCAGGCAGCAGGAUACUUGUCUCACAGCCAGAAGGCAACAAACACAUGUGCAAGUGAACAGGAGCUGGAGGAUGUGGAGGGGAGAGUUAAAGAUGAACAAGCCGAAGAUUUUCAAGGUGAAUCAGAUUUCAGUUGUGUAAAUUUGGAGAAAGAUGCUGAGAGGUUCCAAAUGGAGGCAUGUGCAAUAAAGCAGGAGAGUUGUCAUGGGUUGGAAAAAAGUUCAUGUAGUACUGCUGAAGAAGGCAUACAGGCAGCUUAUCAUAUGGAGAAAUAUGAAGAAAAGCAAGGUGUCAUGAUUUCAGAUUCAGACUUUGACACAGGAAAUGAAGAAAUACAUGAAAAUCAAAUGUUAUCUAAACUUGAUCAUUCCGCCAGGCAAUCAAUAAUAAAUGAUAACAAAAAUCAGGAAUCUCAGUCACAAGCUGAAGAGACACACCAACCUUCUCUAAAAGAAAUAAUUCUUGAAGCCAUAAGGCAACAUGAGCGGUGUGAGAAUCUGCUAUGGUCAGAGCACUGUUCUCUUACAACUUCAUCAGUGCCUGUGCAUUCUUUUCAAACAGAAGAAUCACUGAUUAGGAAGCAUAGUGAUAACCUUGACCAUCCAGGUCAAGGUCAAAGCAGUGCUGGUAACAGUUCAGAAAGCACUGAUCCUAAUUCAUCUGAAACUGUAGUUCCUGCCUUUUAUUCUAGGAGUCUUAAAAAGAAAAGCACAGGAGUGGAAAAUGUUGUGGAUGUAGUGAUCAGUGAAAGUAUUGAUCUGCAUAAUGGUUGCUAUAGAGAUACUGACCCUAAGCCAGAUGAGAAGUCAAGGUCAAGUAGUGAAGUGACUGACAUUGACCUUGAUGGGUCAGCACAAAGGUCAAGGACAGACAGUGACCUCACAGACCUCGAAGCUAGGAUUGAGUCUCAAAAACUUUUGAAGAAACCCAGUUUACAAUGGGACCACAAUAUUGGUGAUGAGGAAGGAUUCAUCAGUAUGGAAACUGCAACAGACAAUGAGACAUCUUUCACAGACUUUGCAACUAAAGAAGAGAAAUUUGACAAUGGCCUCAUUUUAUUUGAGGUUGGCGAGGGAGGAGAAGAGCAAGCAGAAGAUAGUUCCAGUGGCGUUAUAAUCAAUGUCGAGGAUUUCGACAACCUUCCAGUGACUCAUAACCACACUUUGACCCAUACUUCAAGUUCUCCGGCCAUUCUGUCUACAAACUCUAUUCUACAGCAAGAUGGCGACUCGCCCCUGGAGAAAAGAGACCUGCCUAUCAGCCCCCAGGCUUCCAGGAGGACUGUCAGUUCCAAUGGCAGACAAAUUGGGAUGAAUGGCAACAUGCUUGGUUGUCACUCCAGGCAAAUGAGUCUGGACACCAAUGCUAGCUCUGUGUUCUGGUCAAGCGAAGAGGAAAGAGGGUCAACUGGCUCACUGAAGGAAGGUGAGGACACAGAUGGUGUCGUAAGGCGUAGCAGCGUCUCAGGGUUCUCCAGGCGUCUCAGCUCUAUCAGCGUCGCAUCUGCUUACUCCACCAUCAGCACCAAUGAGGUCCCAUACCUGUUUGACCUUUCUCUGCAGGCCAGGGUCAAGGUCGCAGAUAAACCAAUCAGGGCAGUUCUGUGGACAAGAUGUAGUGGUGAGCCUGUCAUUGUCAGCUGUGCUGGUUGCUAUGGUGAUGAUGAAUCUGUCCUCAAAUGGACCAAAGAAGAGGGUGAGAAAAUGUGGACCAACGAGCCCUUCAUGGAGAUCUGCCCCAUUACUUCCUCCCCGAAACGCCCCGUGUACAUGUUCAACAAACCUUUCUCGCCAAAGAACAGCAUAAGGAGCGAGAGUGAUUUGUCAUCCUAUGAGAUCAUCCAGCUGGGAAGUAGCCCAGAGAAACAUGUCAGCUUUCACCCACAAGAGAAAUCGGCAGAUCACCAGUUUUAUUAAAUUAUUUCUCAGUCAACCACUGGAUAAUUUCAUCUUUUGUAAAUUACCCAGGCAUUUUGUCAAUUGUCAAUCAAGAAACAAUCAUUGUUAUUAAAAAAAAGUAUUGCCAAUAUAUAUAUAUAUAUAUAUAGGAUCGCCUUCCCUUGGAGCCAAAAUCUAGUCCUUCAAACCCAAAAUGAUUUCAAAUUGGAUUGCAUUUUAGAUUUUAUACCUUAUAACAUUGUUGAUGAUAUAAUGUACCUUUAUGUCAACUAACAUGUUAGAAUAUGAAUUAAAGUUGCGGUUGUGGAUGACCCUGUCAUUAUGAUUUAGUGUCUAAGUUAAUUAAAAUUUCAAUUAAGUAUUAACAUUUGGAUUUAGCAGUGCGUGGAUGACACUGUUAUUAAGAUUUAGUGUUUGAAGUUAUUAAAAAUUUUAAUUAGGUAUUAAUAUUUGGAUUCAUCAGUACAUCAUGUGCACUGACUUGUAACAUAUAUGUGUACUUAUGUAGUAUGCUUACAUAAUGCCUAUGAUUAUAAUAUUUGUUAAAUGUUGACUUGUUUUAUGAACAUGUGUAUAUAUGCAUAUGUCUACACAUCAAAUAUUUCAUGAUGGUUACUUACAAUUGAAUCUUUUUCAUUAAUUUUUUUUAAUUUAGAUAUAUGAAAAUGGACCAUAUGAUUUUUGUAAUGCCCUCUUUUACAUAAUCUUUGUAAAAUCAACAUCUAUUAUCUUUCUGGACAUCAGUUUCAUAAGAAGUUGUUGAGUGAAUCAUAGUUAAAGAGGGUGUAAUUAAUACAGUCAUAUAACUCUUAAUUGAGGAACCAGAUCAUACAGGCUUUUUAUAGUACUUAAACAGAGUGAUUUAUUUUUAUAAACAUGCAUAUGAACAGAGUAUUAAAUGACAUGGACCAACCGAGAAGAUAAAGCUUGAUUUAUUUUCAUGUCUGCUGCUUGGGCAUUGGAAUGCAACUCGUUUUAUACAGACACAAAUCUCAAACAGGCACAUGCAGAAUUAAACGUGUAAAAUUUGCAGUCCCAAGUGAGAAGAAAUCUCCAACAUAUGGAUGGAGGGAUUACGUGGUAUAAAAACUACAUGUCAAAGAAAGCUUAACAGAAAAUAACUCAAGAUUUUGUGCUUCAAAAUUGGUGAGAAAUUGAUGGUAAAGAAUAAAGCAUGCUUCUUAUCAUGGCUUACAUAGAGCAUUAAUAAUUAAUUUUUUGUUAUCUUAUUAAAAGAGCAAUAUAUUAUUCUGUGAUAAUAUAAUCAGAAGUAUGAUUAUUUUAGAUUCAGAAUUGUGCUUAAGUAUAUUUUGCUUACAUAUUUGUUGAUAUAUACAUGUAUAUAUAUAUACACACAUUGCUGAUGUUUUUGUUGUUGUAUAUAUUUAAUGUUUU